AUGCUGUCCCCACCGAAAAAAAAGAAUAUAAAUGAUUCGUGUCAAAAUCCGGUACAAUGCAGCAGCAACUAUUGUGUCGAUGCCGUUUGCCUGUGCCCGCCAUUGUAUUUCCUCCGCGGCGACAAAUGCUCAAAAGGUUUAAAAUUAGGCGAUAAUUGCAAAAUCUCCCAAGAAUGUAGUUCCACCGUCGCGUAUAGCCAUUGCUCCACUAUCUCCAUUUGCCAGUGCAAGGACAACUUUUUACAAAUGGGUUUCUUCACGUGUCUUCCAGAAACUUCCGAGUACAACUGCGUCUACAGGGCGGAUUUCAAAUUUUCGCAGCUGACUUAUUACUUAGAAUCUAACGAGGAAGGGCGCGAAAUCAUGAGAGUGCAAUUUGAAAGAUCGUUGGACGUUCUGUUGCGUAAUAACGUACCCAAAAAUUACGUGUCGCUCUGGUUAAGUUACGAUCCGCUAAGGAACACGUUCUCGGUGAACAUAUACAUGAAAGAGCUUUACGGGGACAUAGCGGAAGCGGUGAAAGAUAUUUGCGUGGAAAAUUUGAAGGUCGAUUUCGAUUACGUCAUAGAGGAAGCGGUUAUAUUCGAUUAUCAAGACGUUAGCCUGGGCCUGAUUCAUAAUCUGAAAGCUGCAAAAAGAUCAAACCGGAAACUUCCAUUUUUUUUGGAGGAUGUUCCGAACAAGGCGCACAAAUUUAGCGUUUUAAGGCACGCGUUUUCGUUUUGCGUUUUGAAAUGCCGCGUUUGA